AUGGCGGACUGGGGGCCCAUAUUGAUUGGGGUGGUGCUGUUCAUUCUGCUGCAACCGGGACUUCUCUUCUCGUUACCGGGAAACAGCAGGCAGGUGGAGUUUGGGAGCAUGAAAACGAAUGGCAAGGCCAUAGCUGUGCACACUCUCAUCUUUUUCGCUCUCUAUGCCAUUCUCAUCUUGGCCGUUCACGUCCACAUCUAUACUGGCUGA